UUGUAGUUCAUACCAGCGAGGGCCUACUACUACUGGCUGGUACUGAUAAUUGGCUCCAGACUCCCUGUGCAAUCACUGACACUGGCGCAUACUGUGAGAGUGAGUACGAUCGUACGAUCGAGUGGGCAACGGUUCAUCGAUCGCUAGUACCGGUAGCUGUGAAGCAUUAUUUGCACAGUGCUGAACUAACGUGUUACUUCACUCCUUCAGCAUCCCGCGAUUACACAGAGAACAGUAUUGUGAGCAGCCAGCGUGCAGUGACUACGAGUUGUCAUUCAGUUGAGCGUAGAGCCAAGUGUUUGUGUAAACUAGUGUCACUCAGGCAAGUUACCAACACAUCAUGUUUGCUUCAAAGUUGCGCAGUCUGAGGACUGCGAGUAACUUUCUUCAGCAUGGCUAUGGUAUGAGCAAACUGGUCCGGUCUAGACGACUUGUAGCUAACACAUUUGCACUGGCUCCCAAUGCGACGUCGCUUUGCUCCCCUCAACCUGUGAGAUGCCACUCAGAUAGGUCUGUGCGUCAGGAUACCACUGUACGGGAUGCCAUUUCAGCUAUUGAUGGUCUCUUCACUGCCGUGGUUUCUACACACACGUUUCAACCUAGCGACCUGACUUCACAAGUUCCUCUGAUUCAACGUCAUCUUAACGAUAUAUAUAGUGUAAAGAUGCUCGCGGCUAUCCUCCGGGCUUGUGCUAGGGUUACCAUGGUUACCGAGGAGGACAGCGCAGUGACUAAUCUAGUCGUAGCUGUACUGGAUCACGCAGCUAGUUUACCUACAGAUCUAUGGCAGGAUAGCAAGAAUCAAGGUGAGCUGAGGUGGAUGUUGUGCUGGGCGUCACGAUGCCGAUGUACAACAUCUGAGUUCAGGCAGCUGCUACAGAACCAACUUGAUGUGGAGUCCAUUGGUCAAUGUAGAGAGGUUGACCGGUGUGCUCAUGCACUGUUUUCGUUGAACAUUGCUGAUCCUACGCUAGCCAUGGACUUGAUGAGUCGCUAUUCAGCCAUACAGAGUACAGGUGAUCCCAAGUAUCGUCAUACUGAAGUGUUCAGCCUACUUCUCUACUGUACACUGUGUGGUGUAGAGUGCAGUGCCUUGCUGGAGCUGAUCAGUGUUGAUCAACUCAUACAGAAGUGCGGUGCCCAUCAUCUUCAGCGGCUUAUUUUGCUCGACACACUACUAGUUACUAACAAGCAACGGCGAGAAAUCAUGAACCGGUGCUCAGAGUCGUUCAGAAAAGAAGGUCGGAGUCCAAACACGGGUCGAAUGUAUGAUAUGCUGUCAUGCUUCAUUGGUCCAGAACACACCACUGGCGUCUCUCUGGUUGAUGGUGUGGCCGUUCAAGCAUUGUGCAUUGUAAACCGAGACAGUAAGCCAGUGGAGACUUCCAAGUAUCCAGCCGAUGUUUUCAAUGGUGUAUCAGUAGAUAUGACUGCAGCUAAACGUCAUGGUUUCAGUGUUGUGGCCUGUCUGGGUGUCGGGGAUACACGACUCCUACGUCAUCCGGCUAUGUCAUCCAAUGGAUAUAGCACACUUCUCGCUUCAGCUUUAAAGUCGCAAGGAUGCUUCAUCAUCCCAGUAAUACUCGAGCAUGGAGCUGCACGUACACAGAAUAGCGGCAAGGUCGUCAACGAUCUGAUGAUCAAUUAUCCUGGUCACAUCAAGGUCUUCAGAGAUCUUCUGGCUCCCAAUCAGUCUAUGCAUUGAUGCCGUUCUGGCAAGUCUGGUACUGCACAUAAAUGCACCAAUGUUGACUUUGAAGGUCUAACAGAACCUACCUGAAGUGGAUGCAGUGGAGCAAGAAGACAACGCGGCGCACAAUUCAAAGUUGCCUUAUUCUCUGAGCGGAUAAGGACCUCACCAGCCAACUGGAAGCUGAAUGCUAUGCGAAGUGGACAUGUAACCAUGAUGACAUGUGCUGACUGUUUGAUGUUGCACCCCUGUAUCCUCCUGUCCCCACAGACUGUGGUCGUGGUCACACUAUGCACAGCAAUGUUGAACGAACCAGUGAUUGGACCAAGGAGCAAUUGUUACUUUCCCGGUACAGCUGAAAUCCUAGCUGUCUGGGCAUUCGUUUUAGCUGAUAGCGACCCGAGUCAUCAUGGGGUCCUUCACCUUGAACAGAGAUUUGUUUUCCUUGCUUGGGUCCUGCAGAGCAGUGCAAUGAGUCAUCAUGCUGCACUGUAUACCAUGAUCUACAGCAGGUCUACUAACCCCGGUGUGGCAGCUACAUUUGAUGUUUGUCUGCACAUGACUGCUGGCUUGCUCUUCAUAACCAUGAUAACUGCCUGGAGGAAACAAACGUGUACAUGUACUUCAAACUGUAUGUGCUGCUUGCCUCUACAGUUACGUAAAGGCUAUGCAGGUGAGUCUAACCUGUGCUUUGCGCUCCUUUCUAGCCACCCCCCCCCCCUCCCUCUCUCUCCACCAUGCAAUGUUAUGAUUAUGUUGGCCCAUUACACUGGGUAUCGCGGCAUUAUACCAGUAAUCAUUUCACGUACCGUGACAUAGCUGCAUCUGCUAUUUUACUCGUCGUACUUCUUAUCUGAUUAUCUUUGAGGCCGCGUUUGCGCCCUUACCUCAGCAGUCCAUUGUACAACACCGAUUGUAUCACUUCGGUGUCACAUAUGCUACCGAUAUUAUUAGACAGUAGACCAAGUGGAAGUAGCUCAUGCCACACACAUACAUGGCACAGACAUAUUUCUCGGCAUAACCGUAUUCAGGGGCGUCGGAAGGUAACGUUAUUUUAUUUUGGUACGGUCAGCCAUCUGAAGUACAUUAUACUCGUGGGUACAGUCAACUUCGCCAAUAAAUGCUGCGGAUAUAACGACAAUUCGCGAAUAACGACAGAAUUUCCAUGCCCAGAGCAAAGUCCCAUCCAAUUGUAAUACAUAUGACUUCGGGUAUAACGACACUUCGCGAAUAACGUCACUUUUCUGAUGCCCCGCCGAAUGUCGUUAUACGCGAAGUUGACUGUAUGCUUUCCCCAAAUCGGCUGGCCGAAAAUUCGCCCAAAACGAGACUUGAAAAAUCGCUAAGCUUUUCGCCGAUUUUGGAGGUUCCUUUGAGAAUCGCCGAAAAUCUACCAAAUGUUGUUGCAAAGUACGGUUAAAUAUGGACAAAUGAUGUCGCUGCAAGCAUUACUGCUCGAGCUUUCUACUGCAAUUCACGACUACAUGUAAGUCUUGUAGUACUACAUGUACAUGUACUAUAGACUAGAGCCUAGCGCCCCAUCACGGAAAUAUUUCGUUUUGUGAAAAGAAAGUGCGAUGUUAUGGACGACCGCCGGCGGCCCCUCACGCCAGUUACGCCUUAGCUAGAUCAGCUCAGUCCGAUUAUUAUGCACUACAUGUCACUGAGGGCGCGGCGCCGGCGUAGGCUAGGUCCUCCUGCCUUCCUGUGUACAAUCAUCUACAUGUAUCCCUCCAGGAAAUCGCGAUUCCACGGAUGCAACCAAUUUCGCGAUUUUCUGCAUAAUCCGCGAUUUCAUGCGUUUUUUUGUGUAAUUUUCUGCACUUUUUCAAACAUUUUUCUGUACUUUUCCUGCAGCGCUUCCCAUGAUCAUGUAAGUUAUUUCUGAUGUUAACUGGAAUGCCAGCAGUAUGAGAGGGUGUGCAUUCUGCGGCGGAUCUCACCUGGACAAGAGCUGCGCGAAAUACACAACAGUAGCACAGCGGAAAGAAUAACUGAUUGAACAGAAGCGUUGCUUUGUGUGUUUGCGCACAGGGCACCGGUCAACUCAGUGCAAGGCCACCCGCAAGUGUAAUGUGUGUUCUCGCAUGGGUCACCAAUCAGAGUCACCAUCAUGUCACGAUCUGCCCUGAAUCUCAACAGAAAUCUGACAGCAGUACCAACAUAGUAGCUGACCAGCCUGUGGCUGACGAGGUACCAGCAUCUAGCGCAACAGCAGCUAGUGCAGCAUCAACCAGUAUCGCCAUUGACCGUAAGAUAGUCAGUCGUCUUGAUCGGUGCAGAUUUCCUCUGGGAGUCUCAGUUGACGUGGAGCACCAGAGGACUUCCGCCAGGACUACAGUUUCUGCCUACCACAGUCGGUUUUGUGGUGACUGGCCGAACACGUCACUCCAAGCACUCAGCUACGCCGAUGAGCAGCCAUGCCAGCUAUCGUUUCUCUAACUGAUGCAACUUCCGACUCCUGCACUAUCCCAGAUCUGUGGGACCUAGACUGUGUUGACAUCCAGGAUUCAGGCAAUCUUACUAACAACGACCUAGCCAUGAGGCAAUUCAUCAUUGUUCUACGAUUUUGCCUGCCACCAAUCGUCAUGACCUGCGAUACUGAGAAGGCCAUUUUACAAAUCAGUGCCAACCCAGCAUACAGAGUUGCGACACGAUUUCUGUGGUUCGCCAACUCCGACAGUCCAUCAGUCACCCCAUCCAGCCUGUUCACGCUCAUAAGCAGUCCAUUUCUGCUUGGCGCGUCUAUACAGCAUCAUUUGGCACAGCAAGAUGACAAAACAGCUAGCAGUGGCUGUUGGUGAGAACAUUUUCUGCUGUGCCAUUGGAGUGUGCACGAUACACGAACCCUGCUCUUUUGUUGGCACCGCCUAUGUAACUUACUGCAUAGGGUGCAAGGUGACCGUUGUCGGUUUACAUGUACUCCAGUUAUUACACCGUGCAUGCACUGAGUCUGUGCUGCACUGUGCAUCCAUAGGUGUUCGUUUGCGGUAGCGCAAGGUGACACGCAAGGUUGAUGGAUUGUUUUGUCCGCUGCUAUUCGAAGCUCUCGGAGUCGGAAGCGUUAGCUCUGUUUCCCCUGUUCCUCCCUGCGCGGAGUCUGUAGUUCUGGCUUGCAGUUGCUGUUACAUGCAUGUUGGCAGUUGCAUGUGUGUUUGGUUUUCAGUUGUCUUUAUUUGUUUUGUGUGGACGACAGUUCAAUAUUCUAGCAGUUGUUGCACUUCCUACUUCUGAAGUACAUUCCGUAGUUAUCUGCGGUUGGUGUUUGAGAGAGCAAACUGUGUUCUUCUCCAGAGUGGAGUAAACCA